GUGCAGGUGAUUACCGGAGUCCGGACUGCGACCGCCGUCAUUCGGGAAGCCGGUGCGGGCGUAGAGGAGCCGGGAUGCGCGUUGUCCUCCUGCCAGCCUCACCUGACUGUGAUGCCCGCCAAGCAGAGCUGCUGACAGACUGACAGACUGACUCCGCUUCGACCAUGGAGGAGCGCAAGAGCCCCCUGUCCGCCUGCUGGCACAACUUUCUGGCUUGUUUCAGGAGGCCGGAUCAGACGGAUAAUGCGUCUAAACGCAAGGAGAAAGAGGACACGGUGAUAGCGAACCCCAUCGCUGUCAGUUUAAACCAAGACCCCAGCUCCGCCAUAGGGAGACCCCUGCCCUUCCUGCCGGCCAAGCCCGUCGGGGAGUAUUAUGUGGCUCUGUACGACUACUCCGCGCGAACCGCCAACGACCUGAGCUUCAGCAGCGGAGACACCCUAGAGGCGCUGGACAAACACUCGGGGGACUGGUGGCUGGCCAGGGCCCUGACCGGGAUCUCUGCCUCCAAGCAGGGGUACAUCCCCGCCAACUAUGUGGCCCCCGUGGAGAGCAUCAACGCAGAGCCGUGGUACUUUCCAGAAACUAAGAGGCUGGAUGCUGAGAAGAUGCUGCUGGCUGAAGGGAACUCUCACGGUGCUUUCCUCAUCAGAGACUGUGAGAGUCAGAAGGGAGAGCUGUCCCUCUCAGUAUUGGACAGUGGAAAGGUGAAGCAUUACAAGCUAAGGAAAGCCCCCAACGGUGACUUCUUUGUGUCUAAGAACAGAUCCUUUGCAAAUUUGAAAGAGUUGGUGGAAUUUUACUCCAAACAGGCUGACGGUCUGUGCGUACGUCUUGGCCAACCGUGCAAAAAGUUGGAGGCCCCGCAGACCUUCGGUCUGUCCUACAACACAGCGGACAUCUGGGAGAUCGAUCGCAGCUCCAUCAAAAUGGAGAAUAAACUGGGAGCCGGCCAGUUUGGAGAAGUGUAUGAGGGCCUGUGGAACAACACCACACCUGUAGCUGUGAAGACCCUCAAACCCGGCUCCAUGGAUCCGAAGGACUUCCUGAUGGAGGCUCAGAUCAUGAAGAAGCUGCGGCAUCCCAAGCUAAUCCAGCUGUACGCCGUCUGCACAUUGCAGGAGCCCAUCUACAUCAUCACUGAGCUGAUGAAGCAUGGCAGCCUGUUGGACUACCUGCAGAAGGAUAAAGGUGUCACUUUGGCCAUCUCGGACCAAAUCGAAAUGGCCGCUCAGGUGGCGUCAGGCAUGGCUUAUCUGGAGUUACAGAACUACAUCCACAGAGACCUGGCAGCCCGGAACGUUCUGGUGGGGGAGAACAACAUCUGUAAGGUGGCAGACUUUGGCCUUGCCAGGGUCUUCAUGAAAGAAAGUGAAAAUGUGUAUGAGGCCAGGGAGGGAACCAAGUUCCCCGUGAAGUGGACCGCACCAGAGGCCAUCCAUGAGAACAGAUUCACCAUCAAGUCAGAUGUUUGGUCCUUUGGCAUUUUGCUGUAUGAAAUCAUGACAUUUGGGCAGGUGCCUUACCCAGGAAUGUCCAACAUUCAGGUGACUCAGAGAAUCACUACAGGCUACAGGAUGCCCUGCCCCCCCAACUGCCCCAAGCUCCUGUACGACAUCAUGUUGGAGUGCUGGAAGGAGAGCGACCAGGAACGGCCUACGUUUGAGACCCUUCAGUGGAAACUGGAGGAUUACUUUGAAAUGGACAUGAACUCUUACGAUGAUGCUGCCCGGUAUUAGAAAUGAAGCUCUCCGAAGGCCUAAUUCAACUGCCCUGAACGUGGAGCAGGUUCAAAUCAAACACCUCUGGAAAUUUGAGAUGAAGGAUUUAAGGAUUCCUGCUGAAUCUGGCAUACAGAGAGCUGAAUGCAGUUAUAGGCCAACAGUGUCUUUCUACAUACCUGGAGUGUCUCUCCAUCCGUAGACCUGGAGCGACAGGUUCUGUUGGUUUCUGGCAUUUUGCACAUUCUUUCCACUGGUGACGAGUCAGACGGCUUCAGGAAGCCUUCUGAGAGAAUCACAGCAAAGUUCACGUUAAAGUUCACCCUGUUUGUGCACUGGCUCUGUCCUCACGAAAGCAUGAAGGAAAAAGAAUCUCUUGAACUGAUGUUAACUGAACAAGAAAUUCCUGAUAAAUUAUUCUAUGAUGAUGCAUUAAAAGGAAUCAUGCGGAUGUGACUCUUUUGUGAUCCGAUCCACUGUUUUGGAUGAAACUGUUGACGGUUCAGACGAGUCGCCGUCUUUAUGCUUCGUCUGUGACAGUCGUCCCUGUAAACUCACUGACAAAAAAUGUUUUCAGCGCCUCACCCACCGAGUACUGAUGCUUCGUCUGUGUGUGAAGAGUACUUCUGCACAACCUGCACUCACCCCACUGCCCUGCUGGAAAAAGCCUUCAUCUGCCGUUUUUUAUGUUGUGGACACAUCUUUGGCUGUAUAUGAGAGACAGAAAAAAUGUUUAUAUAUGAAUAACUGUUUUUAACUUAAUUGUCUUUACCAUAAUAUGAUUAAAUGACUUUUAAUGAGCAGGA